GAGAGACAGGCAAGAGAGAGAGGUGUUGGUUCAAUUGUUCAGUCAUUCUUAGAGUGUCAAAGAUGCAGGUUGCCAUCAGCGGACGAUCUGUUUGGAUACUGCUGUUCAAUUGUCUACACCUUUGGGGGAGUGUCUUUGCAUCUGCAUCCUCUGCUGCUCUCCCAGCAGCCAGAAUCUUUUCCAGCGUGUCAAACUCAGUGGUGUGCCAAGCCCCCGAGGGCCAGAAGGGUUCUGUGUUCAUACUCUACAACUCUACAACUGAGGUGGAUAGGAUUGAGUUUCAAACUGCUGCGGGAGAGGCUCACUUCACGGUGACAUUCCCCGCAGGGAAUUCACUUUUCUGCUGUUGCUACCAAAACAAAUACGGAGUCUACUCUACCUUCAGUCCCUACUUACAGCUGGAGCAAGACGACGAUUUGCCGCCGACUCCAGUCCUUUCCUUACAGCAGCUGACUCCAGUGUGGCACUUCCUCUGCAUGGGGUCCCCGGCGUACCCCGGCGCUGUGUUCUAUCUCUACCUAGAGGGCGACGACGCCCCCAUUUUCUCCCAGCGAGCCCAUGUCCUCAAUCAUCAGGUCACUUUCCAGGUGCCGGUGCAGGACAGUCCAGUGGCUCUGUACCGCUGCCAGUACAGCGUCCUCCUGAGGGAUAGGUGGAGCUCCUCGGCCCAAAGCCCCCCACUGGCUGUGUCGAGAGGGCCGACACCUGCAGCCACGGCAGGAAUUGACUGGCCUCUGGUUUUGGGCUCUUUCUCCGCUUCAGUCCUGUUCCUCUGUGCGCUGGCGGUCGUGGUCGUGGUUAUUCGCAGGCAUGUGAACGCAAAAGCAGAAGAAAAGAGGAAAAGGCAAGAAUCCCAAUUCUGGACCCACCUACAUGCAGAGGAGCACAGUGUUGACCUCACACCCAGGUGUUCACGCUACGUCUCUCAGGAAUGGUCCAGCGGAGAGACUAGCACCGGGUCGGCCUCCCGAUCUCCACUGUGGAACUCCACCUUCACAUCCCCGUCCUUUUAGAGGAGACCUUUAUGGUGGAAGUGUGUCAUGCAUGUAGCAUCAGCUGGACUCACACAGCAGGACAGGAAAGAGUUGGUUCCUGUUUGAGAGGCUUGAUUACACUUCGACAGGAUGCGAUGUCUGUUGCAACAUCAGCCACUAAAGUGAAAUUUAGAUACCUUCCUUUGGUGUUUAUUCUCCUUAGCUUCAAAGACUCUACAUAUGCAGGUACACUUUGCUAGUACCGCUUCGGAUCCCGAGAUGGCUCAAUUGUUUGUGCCAUAAAUUCAACAAGAUGUUUUAACCCCGUC